UCAGAGGAAUCAGGGAUGAUGAGAAAGAGAAAAGCCAAUGUUGAUCUUUCGCCCAUUGAGAUAGAGCAAGAGAUGGGGAAGGAGGCGGGCAAAUAGGGAGCGGACGAGCCGUUGAGUCGGAAAGCUCGUCUAUUUCACGCACCUGGAUUGAGCUGUUGCAUCAUAUCGAUGUUGGUUAGUCGAACAAAGCUGAACGUGGAUGCCAUCAAAGCCGGUCUAGAGCACCCGCCGUAUCCUCACUUCUCCGACGUCCUGGUCAUGGAUGACGAAAAGCGAGGGGAGAUGAAAUGGCGGAAAACCAAGAUCGAUGUGGAUAACCACGUGAUCGUCCCGCGUAUAGACUGUGACAACGUCGAAUCUCCGGACAAGUUCGUGGAGGACUACGUUGCGAACCUCACAAUGAACCCCAUGGACCUGUCCAAGCCACUUUGGGAGCUCCAACUCCUCAACCUAUCGACCUCCGAUGCCGAGGCAGUCAUCAUCCUCUGCACUCAUCACUCCAUCGGCGACGGCGCAUCCCUCAUGUCCUAUCUCUUCGCCAGCUCUCACCAGAAACCAUCUCUGCCUCAUAAGUCUUCACUUAAGGACAAGAAAGAAAUCUAGAACGUCGGUUUUCGCAAGAGGA